AUGAAUUAAAUAUACUUAAAGCCACUUGAUGAAACUUGUGAUAAUCCAUAGUUACAUGAGGCAACCAAAUUGUUUCUUACAAUGAAUAAAGAGAAUCAUACAAGAGAAGAAUUACAUUACAUUUUAUAAAGAAUGGAAGAACUGCCAUACUUUAAACAAUUCGUUUUAGAGAAAUUGUAGAAGGGAACAUAGAGGAACGAUAUUUUGGAAGUAGUUUUAUUUGUAAUAAUCAUAGUUGUGUUCUCGUUUAAGAAUGGAAUACUUUAAAGGAGGAGAAGUGUUGUUCUAAGAGAAUGAUACCUCAAAUGAUAAGCUUUAUAUGAUAUAAUAUGGAGAAGUUAUGUUAAUGAGGUAGAAAAAGAUGGAUUAGUUGAUGUCUUUAUAGAGAUAGAAUUCAGAACAAGUUCAACAACCAUAACUAAAAAUGACUUAAAUUCUAAAUGUCAAGAAGUUUACAAACAAAAUUAUAAGGCAUCAUAACUUUCAUAAAGAGACAACUAUUUCUAAGGAUUAGAAAUAACAAUUAGAACAUAAAUAUGGAGAUUGUAUAAGAUUGUUGGGUGUAGGUACAGGAUUUGGAGAGAAAGCUUUGGUUGAGAAUAUUCAUAGGUCAUUAACAGUAGCAUGUUAUAGUCUUGAGUUAUUGGUAAUAGUUUUGAAGAAAGAUGAUUUUAUUACAUAUUAAAUGACAUUUGAAAAAACAAAGAAGGAGAAAUAGUAAUUGAUGUUCAAAAUAUUCAAAAGUAAAGGAAAUAAUUAAAUAUUUUAGAUGUGAAUAAUGAAUAUUCAUCUUAGAGAUUGGAAAGCAUGAUUUAUAGUUGUUAGACAAUUACUUAUGAUAGAGGAACUUAAUUAGCAAUGGAGGAUGAGGAAGGAGAUGUAUUCUAUUUAGUGAUCAAUGGAGAUUUGACAUUAUAGAAAAAAAUAGAUAAUCGAAAUGUCUCUUUGUGUAUAAUAUCUUCAGGACAUUUGAUGGGUGAAGAAAUAAUUAUCAAUAAGACUGGUAGAUAUGAAUAUACUUGCACAGUGACAUCAUUAUUAGCAACAGUGAUUGUAAUAGAUGCAAAUGAAUUUAUUCAUAAGUUUCCUGAAGAAUGCAGAUUAUAAUUGAUAGAAGAUUAUGGUCCUAAGACUUCUAAUAGAUAGAAAUUGUUAUAAUUAUUGUUGUAGAAGAGAAAAACAUAGAAUUUAUCAAAUAAAUAAAUGACAGAUUAAUAAGUAAGAUUAUUGACAGAAAUAGAUGAUGGAAUAAAAGAUAAAACCAAAAAUCAUCUUAUUGAAAGUUUGAAUAAAUAAUAAGAAAUUCAAUUGAAUCAACAUUUUCUAACUAAAUAUUCAAAUCCAAGUGUUCAAAAUUAUUGCAUUGCUAAAAUAAUAGAUAGAGAAAAAACAUUUCAUAAAUUAAUAAAAAGUUGUGAAUUUUAAGAAUUUGAUUUUGGUAAUGGAAAUAAUGAAAUUAUCAAGAGAAGAAGAUUUAUGUUAGAAAAUAAAUUAAAUUUAAAGAAACCACAUGAAAAUUAUCUGAAACCAUAAUUUCAUAUUCUACCACUUACUGUUAAGAGAGAUUUGGUCAAAAACUUUAGACUCAACAAUAAGAAAAGUGUUUGUUAUUCUAAUUUCAAUAUUACAACACUUACAUAGGUAUAAAAGAGUAAGAAAUAAUCACCAUUGAAAAUAAAAGAAAUAAUGACAGCUAGACCUUCAUAAUAGUAAUGUGAUAGUUAUAGUACACAUAUGUUUACUUAGAUUGAUGAUAGACAAUCACUUUGA